GGGGAGGAACAUAAUAAAAAGAUUGGGUAGAAAAAUAUUAAUUUUCCUGAUAAUUUCUCCGUAUUUCUCGGAGGGGAAAGGGAGUAUGUACCUUCCCUGGAUUUUGGGGGCGGGGGCUGGUCUGUAUAAAGUGAUAGUCAGGAAUUGGGGCAGGGAAGAAACGGGUUUUUUCUGUGGUCCGGCAGAACGGGCUGCUUCGGAGGCGCCUGCUUUAGCCGGCCAGGCAUGAGCGGUCCCUUCCACCGAGAGGAGCCACCUUAAGCCGAGGAGGCGGGGGUGGCGCGGCCUGGAGGGAGCCGGGGAAGGCGGAGCGGAGUCUGGGGAGGAGUCGGGGCCUGCAGAAGAGCCGCAGCCUGGAGCACACGGAGCAGGCACCAGGAACAGGAUCAGGAGGAGGAGGAGGAGGAGGAGCGGGGCCGGGGCCUGGAGAGGGUCUGCCCUGGUGCCUCGCCGCCGGCGCCCCCUUCUCCCUGCCUCCCUCCCUCCCCUCCCGCCGCCUUAACGCCGCUCAGGAAGCCUUCGGGAGCAGCCCAGCCAGGACAGCGGCCGCGGACAGCACGCAGGCCCAGCCGCCGCCGCGGCCUCCAGUAGGCAGCCGGGUCAGGAGAAGAGCGCCCCCCUCCCGCGUCCCCACCUUCUCUCAAGGGGGAAGGGUUCCCAAUCCGAUCCCCAGAUUGUGCUGCUCUGAUAGGGGGGGGGGAAGAGUUUCCUCCUUCCAAACGCACACCCGGGACUCUUUAGACGAGUUCCCUAUUGCCCCGUUGCCUCUAGAGGCCGGGUCUUAAAAUUUAGUACCCCUUUCUGCCAAGGACAGAUAACGCACAACUAGGCCUUGCCUGGUUAGUUGUACACUCGCACAAGUUUUGCACCCCUCCUCACCCUAAGAGGUAUAUCGAGAAUUUAAAGACGACUCUAUAAGAGAAAGGGAAAGAGUUCCGGAAGUAAAGGAGAGAUUAUAGAGAGGCCACCUGUGUCAAGGGAAGACAAGUAUUUCGCCAUCAGUUAAAACCAGCGUCUAGCACUAAAACUAUCCAGUAACUUUUUGGCGCUUAUGUUGUGGCCUAAAGGGAAACAAACGAAUCCCCUCUACAGUAGCUUAUUAGUAUUAACGAGGUUAUUAGCUCAUAUAGGGAAUUUUAUUUCAGAAGUACCUCCACCUCACCUAAAUAGAAGAUUAUUGACUGUGAAGGAGGAGAAUUAAUAUCUACGUCAAAUCAUAAAAGAAAAUAAUAUUGAACAGCUGCCAAAAAGAAGAGGUAAACAGAUAUUCUUCAGAGGGGGAAGAUGCUUGUUUCCCAAAAUGUCCAAAGGGGUGUGUGCUAGCUAAAGAAAAUAAGGAACUGCUGAAUAUAGGAGGAGGUGAAAGUUCUUCCCAUUAAAGCUGAGGUGGAGUGGGGGUGGCAACACUUAAUAGCCUAGCCAUUUAAAAAUUUUGAAAACCCAAAGCUGACCUGUCUAUUGUUAUCGUCAUUCAUGAGUCCUUCCUAAGGGAGAACUCAGAAAAUACACAACAGCAGCACUUGGAACAUGGAACCUGUGUGCAGAGGGUGAAGAACAUCUCUUCUUUAAUAAGCAAGAGAUCCACUGCAAAAAUUUUUUUAUCAUACCUCUGUCUCCUGCAACAUGGCCUCUGAUCUUGAAAGCAGUCUUACUUCCAUUGAUUGGCUCCCACAGCUCACCCUUCGAGCCACUAUUGAGAAAUUAGGGAGUGCUUCUCAAUCAGGCCCUCCAGGAGCUGGCAGGAAGUGUCCUCCUGGCUCACCCACGGACCCCAAUGCGACCUUGAGCAAGGAUGAUGCUGCAGUCCAUCAGGAUGGGAAGCCACGCUACAGCUAUGCCACUCUGAUCACUUAUGCCAUCAAUUCAUCCCCUGCCAAGAAGAUGACCCUCAGUGAGAUCUAUCGCUGGAUUUGUGACAACUUUCCAUACUACAAGAAUGCUGGCAUUGGGUGGAAGAACUCCAUUCGUCACAAUCUCUCCCUGAAUAAAUGCUUUCGAAAAGUGCCUCGCCCUCGGGAUGACCCUGGAAAGGGCUCUUAUUGGACGAUCGAUACAUGUCCUGAUAUCUCCCGGAAGAGGCGGCAUCCACCAGAUGAUGAUUUGUCACAAGAUUCUCCAGACCAGGAGGCAAGCAAAAGCCCACGGGGGCCUAUAUCUGUUGGUGCAGAAGCAUCACUGUCUCCUGAAUCCACUCAGCAGAUGUCAUUGCAAAACACACCACCUAUCGGCAGCUUCAAUCAGCAGAAUACAGGGCCUGUUGAUGUGGCAGCUACAGUGGCAAGUGGACAGGGCCGUGAAGGGGCAGAUGUUCCACCUCCACACUACAGCACCAGCAAUGACUUGAAAUUCUCCUACUCUGAGAUCAACUUCCAAGACCUGAGCUGGUCCUUCCGAAACCUCUAUAAAUCUAUGCUUGAGAAAUCUUCUUCCUCACAACAUGAUUUCUCUUCCCUGCUGGGAGAAAUGCAGCCCUCCAACCACAGUUACUACAUGUACCAACAGCAGCAGGUACCUUCCUCAGUGGGAGCACCACCCCCACUCCACACUCCCACCUCAGAAGGUUGUCCAUCCCAGGGUAACAAGCAGCAAGGAGGAGACAGCUAUGGUCCUCCACCUGUGAUGUCCAUUCAUCCCUCGUCAAUGCAGCACGGAGGAUAUCACCAGCAUCAGCAGCACCACCCACACUCCCAUUCUCAGCAGCAGCAGCAGCAAUCACAGGCUUCAAUCAAUAACGCUAGCUUUGCAUUUCCUCCUGAUUGGUGCUCCAACAUUGAUUCCUUAAAAGAAAGUUUCAAGAUGGUGAACCGACUCAACUGGUCUAGCAUUGAACACUCCCAGUUCUCAGAGUUGAUGGAGAGUCUGCGUCAAGCUGAGCGUAAGAACUGGACUUUAGAUCAGCAUCACAUUGCCAACCUCUGUGACUCCCUCAAUCAUUUUCUCACUCAGACUGGUCAGCUCCCUCACCUCGGAGGCCCACAGCAGCCUCCCAGAAUCUCCGAGUCCUGUGCCAUGAAUAGUGGCAAACAAGAACAACCCAUGAACCAAGUGAACUCUUACGGUCAGCCACAACCUUCCCAUCUCUACCCUGUGCCAUCUCCCAUGUACCAGAUAUCUACCCAGGACUCACCAGGGUAUAAUCGUCCAGGUCAUCAUCUGGUUCCACGGCCGCCUCCAGGUGCCAGUGAGGAAAUUCCUGAUGAUUUUAACUGGGAUUUGAUCACCUAGCAAGUUACAGACUUGAUAGCACUUCCCCUUUUAUAGGAUGUGGGAAGGAGAGCCUAAGGUUCAGGUCAUAGGACCAACAUCCUUGGUCUCUUUCUUUGCCUGUAUAUAAAUAUAUAUUCUCUACUUCCGCCAGUGAAGCUGCCGCAAGAUGCUGCCGAAGAUAAUCCUUCCUUGAGCUCCUUGUUUUACCUUAUUUUCUUUUUCAUUAUUAUUAUUAUUAUUAUUAUCAUCGUCGUCGUCAUCAUCAGUAAUUGUGCACAGCCCUUCCACUCCACCUACCAGCUCCAGAUUUUACAUGUUUACUGGCGCCCUCUGUGGGAUGGAGGGUAGAAAGACUGUUCUGCAGUGCUAUCAUCAGGAAACCUCAAAAGGAGGACUUUCUGAAGGCAUCUUUCUCUUCCUCCAGCACUUGCGUUAAACAAUCCUUCUUUCCCUUCAAGGUGACCAGUGAUUCUGUUUUAUUGGCUGUGAGAGUUCAAGAGCCCUAUGGAUCUUGGGAGUCUGUAAUAAUUAUGUUCUUUCUUAAAUGUUGUAAAGGGGAAAGGGGGAGGGACUGAUUAAGUAGGCUUUCGUACACCAGGAAGGGACAGCAAGAGAAGCAGGGGAAUAACAAGGGCAGAGAAUGGGAUUCUUUAGAGAUGUGGUGCUUGGCUGGUAUUGGGGCUUGAUAGGAAGAGAGAAGUCCUGAGUGGAAAGCGGGACUUUCUUUCAAGCUGAAACCGUGGUUUAGAAUCUGCUGUUGGUAGGGACUGAGUGUCUGAAAAAGACAAAGGGGGGCCUUUAUCUGUUUUCUACACUGCCUUUUUCAAUCACUGCCAAUUUGCACUCUCCACCCCCAGCAGAUGAAGAAAGCUUAACAGGUUUGGCUUGUAUCUGCAUCAUGUGGGUCGGGUACAGAGUUUGAACCAGACUCCUCAGGGCUUGUAACACAGCAUUUUUUCCUCCUUUGCCUUCUUUCAUAAUGCAGCAAGACUUGUAUUUGAAUAUGCUGAUAAGGUGCAAAUCAAGAAAUAAUCCUCUUCCCUGCAGUGUUGUUGUUUUUUUUUUAACUUACUCUCAGUUCUUUAGAAAAGGGUUGUGGCUUCUAAUGCAAGAGUGGAACUCGAGGGUAUUUUCUCUGCCUUAUUUUAAUGAGCAAUUGAUGCUUCCUGUUUUGUGGAUGAAGUAAUAUGAAGAUAAGAAUGUAAUUCUGAGUUGAGUCUGGUGGGCAGAACUUUAAAAUUAUCGGUUUAUGAAUCGGGCACUUUGCUGCAGACUGUAGAGGAACUACUGGAAGUGUGUUGUUUGGAAUGAAAGCUGAAAGUGUCCUUCCAAUUCAAGUGGGUUCAGCAAAGGCAGAAGGUGAUUGUGUGGUAGACCAUAGAAGAUGGGGAAGAAUGAUAGUGCCCAAUGGGGAAUGGGUUGGAAUGGGUUUUGAGCUGGAUCGAGGUGAGCGGGGGGCCCUCUCUGCUUUGUUUUCAGUUUCUAGUGUGACUCUCUUUUAACCAGACCUCUUGUUAAUCUGCAUGCCCUUCCAACAGCAAGCCUGCUUUGUGUGUCGGGGGAAACCAAGUUGGAAGCAAAAACAUCAUGGGACUGUGCUGUGCCAGGUGUGGGAACGUUCUGUAGCGUUGCUUUUCAUUUGCUGUUUCACUGAAUUUUGGAGGGGGGGACUUUUGUGGUUGUGGGGGAAAGGGGUCAUCGUGUGUUCUGAGAGGAAUGGAAAAUCCCUGACCUGAAUCCGUGGAGGACUUUUAAUGUUGCUUGCACUGUCAUAAGAUGAGAGAGAUGUGACCAGCAGAGCCUUGUAGGAGAGAUUCUGAGGAACAUAACAUAGAGAUGACGUCCCUUCCAUCUAGAUGCCUGUCAGUGCUUUUUCUGAAAAUGAGAUUCACAGGAGGCUCACUUGGCCUUUUCAGAGAACAUGGGGAGGCAAGGAACUGGGAGAAAUAGAAGCUCAUACUAUUAUAUAUAUCCAAAGGCUCCUCAUUCACAUAGUUAUUGGCGCCUUGUCUGUGUAUGUAGAUAUAUGCCUCUCAGUGUGCAAAUUAACCUCAUCCUCCCUUUUCCUCUGAACUAACUGUCAUUCUUAAGUGGGUUUAUAUUGGAUUGGACACAUGGAGUCAUAGACUCAGCACUGGAAUCCUGCCGUGUGAGCAGCUGACACAGCCUGUCCAGGAGAAAGAAUCAGCACAAAGGGCUGGCCGGCCAGCCUGCCUGCCAACCAGCCAGCCAAGGAGAGGAAUCCCUCGUCUGCCCACCCGCUGCAGUGCAACCCACAGUUCUUUGUGUCAUGGAGAUGGGAGAGGGGUGUGGCCUCACAGAUUUAUUUUUGUGCAUGCUUUCUUAAUUAAAAAAGUGAAUGUUUAUGGUUUAA